AUGACCGACGACGAGCACGCGGCCGGGGCAUGUACAGGACUGGACUCCAGCAGGGUUCGUCAUUUCCAAAACUUCCCAAUUCUAUGGAUUUUCGUCCAGCUAUCACUCGCAAUACUGUUGCUCUUCAGAAACCUGUGGUUUCGGUCGGCAGCACGGCUGAAGCUGCUGCUUCCCUCCGCCGGCCUUGCGGGUACACCGGCCCUCACGGCCUCCCGAAUCGCCGAUAUCGUCGCCAUGAUCGACGAGCACACCAUCGCCGGCACAAUGACCGGCAAGCAAGUCGCCGCGUUCUGCGCCAUGAUCAACGCCCACUGCCAUGAUGACACCGAAACGCUUCGCGAGGGCGUCGGCAGCACCCGCGACUACAAGCUGAUGCGCAGGCUCGGCAAAGGCAGCUGUGGCCGCGUCGUCAUGGCGCAGCACCGUGGCACCGGCCAGACCGUCGCCAUCAAGAGCAUCCAUGCCCGCCGCGGGAAGAGGCGCCCCGACAUCGGCGAGCUCCUGGCGGAGGCAUGCUUCCUAGCGGCAUGCCGCGGGCACCCCUGCCUCGUCGGCCUCCAUGGCAUCGUGCGAGACCCAGGCGGCUCAAGGGAGUACUGCCUCGUCAUGGACUACGUCGGGCCGAGCCUGAACGAUGCUCUUGACCGGCGCGUGGAGGAGCACGGCCAUGGAUUCCCCGAGGACUACGUGCGCCGUGUCAUGCGGCAGCUGCUGACAGGUGCCGCCACGAUGCAUCGGCGCGGCAUCAUUCACAGGGACAUCAAGCCCACAAACAUACUCGUCGACGACAAGGACAACAACAUCGUCAAGCUCUGCGACUAUGGCUCUGCGAUGCCCAUCGCCAAGGCGGAGCCCCCGUACGUGCAGGUAGGAACGGUCCCGUACAUGGCGCCGGAGAUGCUGCUGGAGAAGCCGGACUACGAUGAGCGCGUCGACCUGUGGUCGCUCGGGUGUGUCAUGGCAGAGCUGCUCUCUGGCCAGGUGUCGUUCCACUCUAUGAAGACAGCUAACGCUCUCGAGAAGAUAUUCGACGUGCUCGGUGCCCCGGGCGAGAGAACAUGGCAGGGCUUCAAAUCCACGCUCCUAGCCGAAGAGGUGCAGCAAUGGCGAGCACAGCAACAAGAAGUGCAGCGCCCAGACCAGUUGCGAGAGCUGUUCCCGGAGGAGAUGCUGUCUUCGGAGGGAUUCCAUGUCCUGAAGGGCCUCCUUACUUGCAACCCCACCAAGAGGCUGACCGCAGCCAGGGCGCUCCAGUGUCCCUGGUUCAAAGUCGAUGCUUCUGAAACUGAUGAUGCUUCAGGUUUCAGUUCCGGUGGCACGGGCCUUGGCCAGGCACACAGCAUUGUCACUAGCUGGGUGAUGAUCCGCGCUUGGGCAAGGUUCUUCAGGCAGGUAGCCUUGUCAUUAGUUCGGUUUCCCGUUGGUGCAUCGGCAUGGCUCACGAACAAGGCAUUGUUCAAGCACAUUGUCUUGUGAACUGGUAAUCAGCGUGCAACUUAUACUACAUGUUCUGUACUCGUGGCCAGGUAGCAAUCAAUCUGCAUAAAGAAG